AUGUAUAAGUGUGAUCAGUGCCCGUCAGUUUUCUCCGCAAAACGUAAUUUGGUCGCCCACCAAAAGAAGCAUGCAGGUGUACGUUUUCCGUGCACUGCAUGCCCAUCGACAUUCUCGUACAAAAACAACCUCAACAAGCAUCUGAAGAACAUUCAUGGUAUCGUUUCAGCUCACCUCAGACCAUUGCCAGCUGCUCCGAUCAUAGAUCAGACAGCACGACCGAGCGUCAUCCAGUUCGCGCCUCGUAUUGUUGCCCCCGAUAGCGAGACCGGUGACUCAUGCGUCAUAAUAGAAGAUGAUGAUACAGCACCAGCGUUUUCUUUCGAUGCAAUGUUGAAAUACACUGCAAUAAAACUGGAAUUACUGUCAGAUUAUGAAAUGCUAUUAAUGAUUGAAAAUGGUAUUCGUGGAGGACUUACACAGGCCAGCAUGCGGUACGCAAAACCUAACAAUGAGAGAACACCUGAUUAUAACCCAGCAGACCUAAAAUCCUGGCUUGUUUAUCAGGAUUGCAAUAAUCUUUACGGUUGGGCAAUGUCGCAGUACAUGCCCUACGGGGGCUUCAAGUGGGUUAAUCCUUCUCUUAACGGAUUGGCUGAUUUGAACGCAACUUCCCCUAUAGGACGGAUCUAUGAAGUCGACAUAACUUAUCCAAAAGAACUUCACGAUAAACACAACGACUUGCCAUAUUUACCGCAAAACAGUAUACCGCCAGGCUCAAAAGUGCAGAAACUCAUGGCGACAUUUAAACCGAAAAAAAAUUAUGUGGUUCACUAUCGCAACCUCCAGCAAGCCUUGAACAAUGGUCUCAUAGUUGAAAAGGUGCAUAGAGUUGUUCAAUUUAAACAAUCACCAUGGCUCGCACCACACAUUGCUUUGAAUACCGAGAUGCGAAAAAAGGCAAAGAAUGAAUUUGAGAAGGAUUUCUUUAAAUUACUAAACAACGCUGUAUUCGGAAAAACCAUGGAAAAUGUUCGUAAACGUAUGGAAAUGAAACUUGUUUCGUGUGACAGACGUUUACAGAAAUUAAUAAACAAAUCGACAUUUAACUACUGCACUACGUAUUCUGAAAACCUAAAUGCCGUAACAUUGGAAAAUAAGAUCAUCAAUUUUUGCAAACCUAUUUAUAUUGGUCUUGCGGUUCUUGACAUAAGCAAGAGUUUAAUAUAUGAUUAUCAUUAUAAUGUGAUGCAAAAACACUAUGGGGAUAAAAUCGAGCUCAUGUAUACAGAUACAGAUUCAUUGGUAUAUUAUAUCCAAACCGAUGAUUUCUAUGAAGACCUCAAGAAUAAUAACAACUUAUUCAACCGAAUGGAUACUUCCAACCUACCGGAAGACCAUCCAUGUUUUAUUUCGGAGAGAAAAAAAAUACCGGAGGAGAUGGAUGUUAAGAGAGAAAAUGUAUCCAUCCGCUCUUUCAAACAUCAACUGAUGACAAUAAAAUCAAACAAAUUAACGUUUAAUAACUUUGAUGAUAAAAGAGUUAUCCUAGAAGAUAAAAUCCAUACCUUGGCUCACGGACAUUACUCUCUAAAGUAA